CGCAAUUCCGCCUCUUUUCUCUCUGUCACCUGCUCGCUCAAUGGCUAUGCCAAACUGCUCCCUCUACCAUGUUCUCUUCUUCUUACUUCCUUCCUCGUGCUUCUUCCUAUCGGGAGCCCUCGCGGAGUCCUACGGAUGGCGGAACGCCCAUGCCACGUUCUACGGCGGUGGCGACGCCUCCGGCACUAUGGGAGGGGCUUGUGGCUACGGCAACCUCUACGGCCAGGGCUACGGAACCAACACCGCCGCCCUCAGCACCGCGCUCUUCGAAAACGGGCUCAGCUGCGGCGCCUGCUACGAGAUGCUGUGCGCCGACGAUCCCCGGUGGUGCCUCCCGGGCUCCAUCGUCGUCACCGCCACCAACUUCUGCCCCCCCAACUACGCCCUCCCCAACGACAACGGCGGCUGGUGCAACCCUCCCCUGCAGCACUUCGACCUCGCCGAGCCCGCCUUCCUCCAGAUCGCUCAGUACCGCGCCGGAAUCGUCCCCGUCUCCUUCCGCAGGGUGCCCUGCGUGAGGAAGGGAGGCAUAAGGUUCACCAUCAACGGCCACUCCUACUUCAACCUGGUGCUGAUCACCAACGUCGGCGGGGCCGGCGACGUGCACGCGGUGUCGAUCAAGGGGUCCAAGACCGGGUGGCAGAGCAUGUCGCGCAACUGGGGCCAGAACUGGCAGAGCAACUCCUACCUCGACGGGCAGAGCCUCUCCUUCCAGGUGACGACCGGCGACGGGAGGACGGUCACCAGCUACGACGUCGCGCCCGCCGGGUGGCAGUUCGGGCAGACCUUCGAGGGAGGGCAGUUGUAGAGACCUCGUGGCUUCGAGAGGGAAGGAAGGGAAGGCUGCUUCUUUAGGCAGAGGCGUUGGCUUGGUGGAUCGCAGAGGUUGUUUCAUUAGCGCCCGCUGAGGCGUACAUAUGUCGAUGACUAUUGCAGAGAUUGUAGCAGUACACGAUUCAGGAUGAGUGGAUCGUGCACAGCAAGCCAAUUAAGGCCACGCUAGCAUAUUUUUUACAAGGCUUUGAAUAGGAAGAAGGUCGUAUAGAUUUCAUAUUUGUAACUAUAGCUAGCAUAUUUUAUUUAAACGAAAUAAUAUAUGUUGCUACGUUUAUUUA